AUGCAGAACUUCCGCCCGGAAAACAUACCUACCGCGAUUUCUGCUUUCCAACCCGAUGGCGAAGUUCCAGUCUUGAACGAACUGCAUUUGGAGGGUGGUCAGUGUUGCAUAUUCAAGGCAGACUUUUCGGACGGAGAAAGUUGGUCUGUGCGCAUUCCUAUCCACGUCCAAAGCGAUUCCCAAGACGUUAUUAUAAAUGUUCUCCAAGCCGAACGAGACGUGCUUCAAGAGAUUAACCGAAAAGGCUUUCGUUGGGCUCCAAAAUACCUUGGAUCCAGCUUCACAUUCCAAAACUUGGUUGGAUUUCCGUUCCUGGCGUUAUCGUGGAUCGAAGGCUCACCCCUCUCCUGGUCUCCCGUCGACCCACCCAGGCCUCUCCGCGAUAAAGUCCUUGGUCAAAUCGCCGAGAUUCAGAUGUCUCUCAUCGAGUGUACCAAAGAAAACAGGGGCACCGCUACAAAGUACUUCUUGAGAUUGAUAGACAACAAGCUCCGCCGAGUUCGCAAGGGUGAACUUCCCCGAUUAACUGAGCAAGACUGUUUUGAGCAGAGAAGACUUCUUCCUCAAGUGCUUCAUCUGGAAUUAGAGAACGCGCCAUACGCCAUUGAUCACGGUGAUCUAUCACCGCAGAACAUACUAGCCGACUCGGAAUACAACGUCACUGGUAUUAUCGAUUGGGGAUUUGCUGCAAAGGUUCCAAUUCAGUUGGCUGGCCGCUUGCCUCGCUUGCUUCAGCUCCAGGAACCCGUCCUGCCCCCAAGCCGAACUCUUCAACAAGAUCGCAAGACUUAUAUUGCUUCGCUCACGUCCCACUCAUCGGAAGCGGCAUCUUGGAUUUCGCUUAUUCAUUCAUGCAAAGAUGUCGAUUUUCGCGACUGCUUUCUAGAGUCGGUAAUCAGCAAGGGUGCGCACCAAUUACUGGCAAGACUGGGAUGGAAGCUUCCCUAUCGUGAUCUGCAGUCUGCGGGUUCAUGUGAUGGGCGAUAG